AUGCAGAGCAUUCACAAGAAUUUAACAGUCUUAGAGAUUGUCAAAAAAAAUGAGCAAACUUAUAAUAAGGAUGCAAAGCUGCAAUGCAUUAUUCUUAAGAAACAGAAGAAGGUAGAUAUUAUUCAGCAGAGGAUGAAGCAGGAGACAGCUCAUCAGAUCACAAAACAGCAAAAGAAAAUGAAUAAGAUCACAAGAGCUGCUCAACAGCAGAUUGACAAGGAGCUUAGAGAUGAGAAAAAGGCUCAGAAGGAUUGCUUGAUCAAGCACGCUGGAAAUCCUACCCUCCUAUCUCUUCAUCUGGAGGCGAAGCACAAUAUGAGCGUACUUUUUCUGGUGGUUAGAAGAAGAACGCCAAUUGCACCUCGCCAGAAGAGGAGAUCCCGGACUUCGAGGUCAGUUCGCUCAACAACUCCGCGACAUAUGCUGUCCGUUUGUGACAAUUUUGAUCUUCCAAGCUGCUUAGCCUCCCGAAGUCGACUCACCCUUGGAUGUGAGGCGCCGCUUUUGCCUGGCUCGAUAUUGCAUUUUGAAUCAACCGACUUCGCCACGCGUGACGGCCAGACCAUCCCUAAACGAGUGUUCCAUUUCAAAAUAUCGUGCCUUUUGCAUCAAAGAGCGUUCUCACUUGAUAGGUUUUCGCGAGCUCCUUACCUCAAUUUUGGAGAGCGAUGUGGCCGAAGUCGAGGACGCUUCGUCUAUGACGAGGAAGAGCAAAAGAAACUCCGUCAUGUGCAAUACGACUUAAACGUGUUUGCGGAGAUAGCUGCAAAAGCAGUUGGAGCAACGCAAUGCGUGAAGGUAGAAAAAUGCCCUGACGGCCUCUUUAACAAGGUGUAG